AUGGUGAAAAUUUGUCCAUCGGCUGAAGAGAAUCCGCAAAACUGCGAACAGGCUUCGAAGUCAAGGGAGGUUUUUACACAUCCGCAAGGUAACGAACUAAACUAUAAAUGUAUAAAACUAGCGUAUUGUAAAAGUCAUUACAAACAUAGUUUGUUAGCGUGCACGCCCCGGGAUGUAUGACACCACAUGAAUGUCUGUGUAAUUAUGUUUAUACUCAUGUCUAUAUACAUGCAAAAGGGAAAAAAUAAAGUCAACUUACCACUUUAGCAUUUUUCGCGAAACAAUAAUUUCGCUUUUAAAAGCGUAACUUUGCCUGACGAGUAAACACAUGUUGACUUCUGAAUUCUAAACUUCAUUGAUCUGGUUUAAUUUCGAUUACAAUUUUAGCUGCAGAAACAUUUACAGCUGAAGCAACUGACGGCGACCACAUUAAAUUUAAUUGGAGGUUGCCGCCACAAACACUAAGAAACUUGCAAGUCUACGCGUCAGCAAGUACACAAGGCCAAACUCGAAUUUCAGAUGUUCCGGCUCAGGAGGGUGCUAGCAUGAAAAUUGUUGACGGUCUGCAACCUCUAACAGAAUAUAAUGCGACCAUGUAUGUACGUAAUACUUACUGGAACAUCGGAACCAGUUCAAAGCAAGUAAUACGUGUCCUGACAGCUCCAGAUCGUAAGUAAAUUCUUAUGCAUUUUACCUUUCUGCAUGCCCGAAAUUACUGCCAUGAGCUUUCCGCGUUUUGGUCUACGCAAAACAUGACCGAAAAAAUAGGUUUACACACACAUAUAUUAGGAUAUCAUUGUAUGGUUUCCGCAUAUGCAACAGCUUAUAUAGGAUAGAUAUAAAGAAAGACAAUCAAAAUAUUUUUGAUUUGUUUCUGUGCCAGAAAUUUGCUAAUGUAAAUAAACGGCCCUGAUGUAUGGAGGGAAAAAGUUAUUUCUUAGCCUCGUUGCUUUUCAACUCCAAGCUUCUGAAUCAGGUUAUUAUUUUUGACAGCACCAACAGUAAAAAUAAUUGAAGUAGGCCAAACGCAGAUGACAGUUUCAAUAGUACCUGCGGCCGGUAGUGAAAACUUCCAGCUGACGUACGUGGUCAAGGCAGCCAGUGAACAUGCUCCGGAGAAGGAAUGUACCACCAGCGACCAAACAGACCAACGCCAAUGCAUUCUUUCGGAGUUGGAGAUUGCAACAGAGUAUUCCGUGACAGCUAAAGCCUGCAAUGGCGAACAAUGUAGCCUUGAGUCUCAACCGAUUAUUCAAGAAUUGGAAAGUACAGGUGGGUAAAUGAAAAAAAGAGCUUAUUUAACCAAACUCUUUAUUGGUUUUAUGGCCCGUGAGGUCUUGACAAAAUAAGAUUUCAAAAAUAUAUGCACUAGAUGUAAACAAACAUUUGCGGUCAAAAAUGCCUUUUACCUGGAAAAAUAUAAUAGGCAAAGAAAUCGCUGGCACACACACUUCCACAUGACAACACAGUUUCAGUUUCCAUCAUGAUAAUACGGUAGAAGAAAGUGACAUUUCAUGGUUUAACGUCCAUCAUGAAAAGCAAAUUAGGACAUAAACAUAACACGACAGAAUAUAAAGCAGCGAAGAGGGGCUUUAGGACAUUGAGCCUAUCAACUAAACGAAAUAGUUACCAAUUUUAAUUUUAACACUUUGUAAAACUGAUGUGCCAAACGGCAAAAGCGAAAGCAAGACGACAUAAGCAAUGCCUAUAUAUUAAAAACAACAAAUGUUUCUCCUAAAACAAACUGAAAUACAUAUAGAUAUAUAUAAAUACAUCCGAGAUAGUAGGAUAAUACGAGCUGCAAUGUCAAAAAUUAAUUAAAUAUGCGCCUGGAUAAAAGCAUAAGUUAAUCUGUUUUAAACGUUCGCAUAUUGACCUCCGAUUAACUAGACACAUGAGGAAGAAACGCCGGACUGACUUUGCUAACGGCAGAAAAAAAAUGUGCAGAUUAACGAAAAGUAAAAAAAUUGAGUAUAUUAUUGUACUAAUGUGAAUCAUUUAAAAAGUCUACAUGCGCUAUGGAAGUCAGCACGAUAAGAAAAAUAGAUGAGGGAUAGUUGUCCAAAUGAAGUUCGAAAAAGGGAUAAAUGUUUUAAGGAAUACUUUAAGAAUAUUAACAAAUAACAGCGUAGAAAACGAGAAAUAAAAAAACAUCAUAUCCUUAGGGCAUAUAAAAAGCAAAACGAUUCCUGCAUCACAGAGCGAUAUGUACAAUUAAGAUAAGGGAACAUACACUGUUUAAACAAUUGGUAGCAUUAGACAAUUGGUAAUAUUAUUCAGAUAUGAAAGAGAACAAAGUAAUUAUUCGUAAUCAGGCCGAAACAAAUGCAAUUUUUUCCCUACGUGACAGCUUCUCCUUCGACAAACGAAACAAAAAACGAGGACUUAAUAACCGCAGCACCAUGUGGUAAAAGAAAAAUGUUAUUAUUCUCGCAUAUCUGAAUACUGCAAUUCUGCGUGGAAGACUGCCUAUGUAGUGCGUAGCAGUUGGGCGUUCUUUGCUCGUCUGGUUUGAGUCCUCAGAAAAGAUCAUAUAGUGGAUAAUGCGCGUAUAGAUUAAGAAGAGCAUUUGCGGCUCAAAUUGUUUAGGUAAAUGUUGUGUUAUCCAGACUAAUGCUCUGUAUGACGUAUCGUCCAAUGUAUGUGCAUUGAAUGGCUAUUAGCAUUUAUGCUGAGACUAAUGCUAAUAUUUGCUUUUUUUCCGUAUAUUUCUGCACCACUUUAGCAUCUGAUUUUUGUGUUAGCUGUUCAUAUAUCGAAUUUGCUUAUGCGUAUAUUAAAACAUUUUUCGUGAUAUUUUUGUGCGCAUAUUUUAGUACUGAGUUUUUUGCAUUUUGCUUUUUGACUGGGCUUUCUUAUCUCAAUUUUUUAUUAAUCGCGCUCUAAAUAUUUUCCAGUGCUUUCUGCUCCAUGUCCUCCCCCCCGUCGUGCCUCGCAGUAUUAAUUAUUUGACGUUCUUUUUCGAGUUUUAUAUUUACUAUGAUAAGUGUUUUUAGAUGCUGCCAACUGGCGUGAUGGCGCAGUCCUUUUGAGACAGGAGUCAGAGAGAAACCAUUUUUUUAAUGUAGCCUCGAUAUGUAGCCCGAUCGGGUGUGAUCCGAGCCCAACUUUCUUGUUUUGUGAAAAUAUAUUCAAACGUUCUUCUGCUGGAAAUGCGUGUGACAGGUAUAAACUGCACGGCCACUGCACGCUAUUCUCUAAUCGUUCUUCUUGAUCUUGACUUGGCAUCGUUUCCAGGUUGAGGGCAAAGGUGCCUGUACUGUUAAUACGGCGUCAAAAUUAUAAACAAUUAAACACGCAUUUCACCGUCUCAUCGUCCAUCAGGCUGUACGAAGUAUAUCGGACAAAACUAAUUGCCCAGCAUAAACAUUGGUCUGUGUGUUUUCCUUGGUGAGUGACACCUGCGUCCUUCCCACCGUCGCCUUGUUCGGUUAUGUCUCAACAGCUGGCAUGGAUGGGAAAUAGGAGGAGAGAGUGCGGCGGAUGCUUUGCAAGUCUACCACAACUAUGUACCACCCCACGCACAAGCCAAUCUGCCUGCCCCCUGCUCGAUGUUGAGUUCAUAGUGGUCAUGGCAAAGCACGUUGAUUUAAAUGUCGUGUGUUUGCUUGUGUGUUAACUGAAAAAGAUCAAUGAGGUGGCACUCCCAGAGCACGAAUAACCGUGUAUUCAGUAACUUAUGAAAUGGCAUGAAGAUUUCCGAAAGAAUUGCUUAUUGCAAAAGAUAAUGCCGGCCGACCAAAUGUAUGUUUUUUUUUAAAACUCCCACCCCAGAGAAUUGCCCAGAUACUUUAGCUGCAUUGUGACGGGUGUAAAAUUGCUGAGAAGUAAUUUUUGGCUGUCGUUUAAGGCUUGCGUCUGCAGGGAUAACACACCAUCCACGCAUUUCACUCAAAAUUCUAGGUGCUCACAAGACGCCCGCAUUGUGCAACGUUGGAAAUGUGCUUAAACGCCGUACAGCUGAAUAGUAGUUAUCAUAUCAACGUUGCUCUUGUGUACGCGGUUGUAAAAUGCGAGUUCUUUUAAGAUAUGUUCUAAGAAUCACCGUGUAAUAUAACCUCGUCGUAGAGAAGGUGCUGCCACGAACGUGGAUUACUGAAUUAACAAUCGAACCCGUUAUGCUGACUUUGAAAGCGCGGAUCAUCUGCGGAUGCAGGUAAGAAAGACGAUAUCUCGAUUGGAAAGCAGCUUUUACAAGGAUGAUUGCUGCGGCAGAUUCUCCGUCAGCGUAAUUCUCGGAUAUGUGUAAAAGUGACCAUUUAAGAACAGUAUAAUCCCCUUUUACAGGGCAGUGGGGCUAAGUAGUGCACAGAGAGAGCAUUAAGGAGAUGAGCAUUUCAUGUGACAUUCACCUGCUUACUAGAGAAGCUCCUUCUAUUUCUGUUGUCAUCAGUUACGGUAGCGAUUUGAUUAUAAAGGUCUUAGCUAAAGAAAUGAUCUCCUUUUUUUAACAUACAUAUUGAUCGUAAAUGAUCGAUAAAUUUUCUUCUACGAAAUGAAACGCUCGGAAUAGGUAAUCUCAGUAAUUUUUGUGAAGACUACACGUGUAGCUGACGUGACAAACUGUGUUGAACGCGUCGUCUAAUCGAGGUUGUGUGGGUUUAAAGAGGAGUAUACAAGCCAAAGCCUUUUCUGUUGCAUUUAUAGUAUACAGCUAAAGAGUCAAAACAGAAUGCUUUAGAAUUCGCGUUCCGAUUAUACAUGAUUGUCAUGAUGUUUCGGCGAACAUGGAGCAUUGAUUGUUACUGUGAAAAGGUGUCCACGUCAAUUUAAUUGUCUGUCGUGUUCCCACAGCUUCGACCUCGAAAGACGAAACGACGACGCCGUCAGAAACUACCCCAGUGCCUACUCCAUGUAAGCUAUAAAUUAUCACGGUUUCUCGCAUUUUCCAUUAGCUCAGCAUUACGCUUGCAGCAUUCUGCAGCCGUAGAACCCAGCAGGUUCAGUGAUUAGGCUGAAAGUAAUAUAUCAUCGGUGUUUUUAUUAGACAUUUGUAGAUCAGUUUACUUGCAAUUGUUGGAAAUUUUACGCACGUUUAUUAUGGAAGUGUUUCGCUCAAAUCAAAACUUCUUCCUACGUCUGAUAAUUGAUGCACAUGGUUGUCUACAUUCAUAAAACGUUACUCCAAUAUCCACAGGCACGUCUACGCCAGUAGUAAAACCUACGGGAGAAGUCACUCCAUCCCCAACUGAAAGUAUGUUUUUAAUGUUACAACUUUUAAAAUGCUUUAACUCUUCAACCUAUUGAAGGGCUUUGAAUGACAACUUCUGCAUGUUGCCUGACUAUGUCUGACGCAUUUAAAUCGUGUUCCAUCAGUGUUAUCAAUUUGGGCAUUCUCGUGCAUGUUUUUCUAAUUGAUCCUUUGCCGCUUCUUGUGAUCUACACUUGACUGUAUGAUGUUCCGUAACGUUUAUGAAUCAAAACAGCAGCUGAUUGGAAAUGGGAGAAUUAAAAUGGCGUUUCUUAGGCAAAUACGACAUGUAGCAUAUUAAAUAUCCACGGAGGUUCUUGAAUGGUUUGUUUUUUUGGAAGUAUAACUGCGGCUGUUCACACGUAUCGUUAAUGUUAAAAGUGACGACUCCUUAUAUAGCACUUCACAGCCAUGGUAGCUAGGUACGCACGCCUUGACUGUACUAGACAGCGAGUAAAUUGCUUUAAUGCACGACUGUUUUGAAUGUUUGCGGCCAUUUAAUAUUCGUAGAUCGUAUAAUACCGCAAUGUUUUUCUCCCAACACAAGUGUCUUUCCCGUGAAUUUUAUUCAUCACUAUUAAUUUAUGAUAAUGGUGCGCUUUAACGAAAUCUUUCGCACUGACCUCCUCUUCCAACCUUGUGAAGGGUGGUGAGACAGAAGCAGGAUAAUUGGUGACCGGCGCAGACUAAGUCAACAUAAUCGUGGCACAUACGGCCAGGUCUCCACAGACCUGUGUCUUGAUUACACAACUGAAGACCGCUCUCCGAUCCUACCUGAGUGGUUAUGUCAUAGAGGCCAAAGCGGAAGAAUCUAUGCGGUCUGACUCUCAGUACUGAAACCGAUCACCGGCACACACUUUCACACUUCUGACCACGAGUACUGACUUAAUUGUUUAGUUGGCAGGCUUUAAAGCUGAUAAUUUGAGCGCAUCUGCACGGUUUGUAUGUGAGCUAGUUUCUUAUAGUUGGAAGUGCACCGAAUUUCCGCGGAAUGCCUUCUCGGACAUGUGGACCUACGUUCUGCCCUCUCUCAAGUGCGGCAGGUCUCUGUCCACACCGGUUAUGCAUGUAGUCCUUGUGUUUGUCGUAUGUGAGUGGUGCGGCGUGAAGCCGUUAGACUCAUAUUGCGGGUACUUAGCUUGUUUUCGUUAACGUAUGUUUCGCUCUAGUUUAGUCGACUUUGUUUAGGAGUUCUAGCGGGGGUUUCUGUGUUGCAAAGGCGUCUGCAUUGAAGUCGCUUAAUCAUUGUAAUGAAAUAUAAAAGGGUGGCUUGCAAAUAAUACAUCUUUGAUGGAGCGGCGCUCAAUGAUCGACUGUCGGUAAAAGAUCUUUCCUAUUUCCAUUGGAGAAUGACACAUAUUUGCUGACAAGUGCUAUGCGCCCUAUGUUCUCAAUUCUUUCAUUAUUGUCGCUGAAUAAUUAUGUCCUGUCUAUUAUCCUGCCAUGAUUUGAACAUUGAUUACUGCUGUGUUUGUUUGCCCACACCAAUCAAAUUUUUGUCAUAAUUCUAUAGCUUCAUCCUCGACAGUCGAGUCUUCGGCAUCGGAAGCAACCACAUCCUCUAGUACUUGUAAGCUUAUAAUUACCACCUCUUCUAAAUUUUCUCACAGUUUCUGCAAUUUAUCUCACACAUUACUAUUCCUUCAGCAUUCUGACGGUGCGAGACCUAACAGUUUUAAAGAUUCGGCUGAAAAUGAAAGAUCAUUUGAGUUCCAUUUAUGUAUCACCAGUCUAAAUACGAUUACAGAGGAUGUCAGUAUCCGUUGUGAACAAGGAAAAAUAUGUCUUGUCCACGCUCCCCCGGUCAUCUUGACACUGCCUUAACACUGUACACAAUCGGGCGGGGAAAAGUGAGUGCGAUAUAUGUAGUGCAAUACGAAUUCACUAUUUGCCAUUACACGUAAGCCACCAUCUCUGCUCACUGCUGCAGAGCGCAGAGUAGGCAUUGUCUCGAUCAUAGCAUUCGAACUGACAUGCUCAUGUAUGCUAGUAUGUGGCUCUACUAUGUCAAGACACCUUCGCCGUAGUCGCUAAAUUAGAUUAUUUUGAUUUUAACAUGAACUUGCAUGUAACAGAUCCCCCCUGUUUCGAAAAGACACGUUACUUCAUAUGUUUACGCUCCUGCGCACUCCGCACAUGUGCGCUGCCAAGAUUUUAUAAAAAGGCAACCAAGAUAUCGCCGGUUUGAAAUGCUUUAAUCACGGUUUGGCUGCCUUUUCUGCGUUACGUAUUCUAGACUUUCUCAUCAGGUUUUCCUGAGAUUUCAACUUCAACCGUCAAUCUCGUCCUUAAUUUUCUGGUGGAACAUUUACUCAUAAUUAUCAUCAGCUUUUAAUGAGCUUUUUCUACACUAGUUCUCAAAUACAUAAUUAGCGGCCGACUGUGGAAAAUAUUUUUUCGAAAUUUCUGGGUACUUUGUUGUAAUUUUACCGGCCUUGUGGGUAAAAUGAAUCCGCAAAAUGUCCAAUGAAAACCGUUGUCCUUGUAAGCACGAUAUGAACUAUAUUUCGCUCCGUUUUCUGUGUGCGUUUUCGAACUAUCAAAUUUUUACUCCUGGUUGAAGUGCCUUCGGCGUAACAAAUAUUUGCUUUGUGAUGGUUAAAUAUGACAAACUAUAAAAUAUGGUAAACAAAACUCAUAACGCCUGUAAAACAACUUUAUUUGGUUACGAACUUUGGCAGUAAACCUGGCAUCAAAUUUAUUGAAUUUUUUGAAAUUUUGCAGGUUGGAAAUUCGCACAUGCUGGCGUCAUUGUCAACUUACUAUUAGCGCGAACUUUGAUAACGCCUUAUUGA